CCUUCCCUUCAAAUUUUGUAAACAAAACAAUCUAAUACCGGCAAUUUCAUCGGCGCACGACUGAAGAUCUGUUUUUAGAAGAAAAUGUUGGAAGAAAUGAAGAAACUGGACUUGCGUGAGGUUAAGAAGGACCUCAUUCGAGGCUACAACGAAUGCUUAGGCCGAGGUUUAUCGGAGACAGCCAAAUGGCUCUCUGAAUUACGAAUUUCGUUGUCCUCAAUUCAAGUAAAUCCUUCAGAAGUGGAAGCUGAGCCCGCAGUGCCAGCGGAAGAAAUAGACUUUUAUGAUCUGGCAAGAACACUUCUUGAGCUACGAGAAUAUGACAGGUGCGCUCACUUUAUUUCCUCAUCAGAGCACCCAAAACUUGUAUUCCUGCGCAACUGGGCUCAAUUCCUUGCUUCAGAAAAGAGGCACAUCGACAACAUGACGGAAGCUAGUGCAAGUUCUCAACAUUCUCCUUGCUUGCAAGAGCUGAGAGACCUUCUGAGCAGUUUGAACCUUCUGAUCAAUGGCACCGGCUCGAUUCUUGGAAGCAAAUCUUCAGUUCAGUCCAGGGAUGGGUACUUGCUCUACCUGCACGGAAUCGUUUUGAAGAAGCUCAAAGUGCGACAGCAGGCUGUCGAGAGUUUAGUCAAGGCCAUCAAUAUUUCUCCUCUCAACUGGGGAGCCUGGCUGGAACUGUCACAGUUAGUGACAGACCGAUGCAUGCUUUCCAACCUGAAACUGCCAAACCACUGGAUCAAAUACUUUUUCAUCGGGCACAUGUAUCUUGAGUUGCAAAUGAAUGAAGAGGCGCUUGAAAUUUACAUGUUUUUGAAAGAGAGCGGCUUUGAGAAAUGCAGCUAUCUGAACGCUCAAAUUGCCCUUGCGUACCACAACAAAAGAGACGUUGAAAUUGCUGUUGAAAUGUUCAGAAAACUGUUGGAUUAUGAUCCUUACCGACUAGAGAACAUGGAUACAUACAGCAAUUUAUUAUAUGUUAAAGAGAUGAGAGCGGAAUUGGCUCACCUCGCUCACUCAGUCAGCGAAGUGGACAAGUACCGAGCAGAAACAUGCGUGGUGAUAGGCAACUUCUACAGUUUACGAAAUGAGCACUCGAAAGCCGUCCAGAGUUUCCAGAGAGCUUUGAGACUGAAGCCCAACUUUUUAUCAGCGUGGACUCUGAUGGGCCACGAGUUCAUGGAGUUGAAGAACAUCAAUGCUGCUAUGAAAAGCUACAGACAGGCGAUAGAGGUCAAUUGGCUUGACUACAGAGCUUGGUACGGCCUGGGGCAGACAUAUGAAAUUCUCAAAAUGCCCCAAUUCAGCCAGUACCACUAUAAAAAAGCCCAGGCACUGAGGCCGAACGACAGCCGGAUGCUCAUCGCGUUGGGAGAGGCGAAUGAGAAGGUUGAAAAAUUCAAAGAUGCCAUGAAGUGCUACUAUAAAGCCAGGAAUGUCGGAGACAUUGAGCGAACUGCCCUCCUCAAAUUGGCCAAGCUACACGACACGAUGGGCCACAAAGACAACGCAGCAGAGCUGUACCUGGAGUAUGCAGCCGAGAGCCAGCGAAUGUUGUCUAUUGAAGGAAAUAGCGGCAUGGCAGGUGGUUCGGACAGGGUCGAGUUAGCGCGGGCCUAUAAGUACCUGGCGAACCAUUUCCUCAUCCAAGGAGACAUCGAGCAAGCCUGCAUGUACUGCAACAAAUGCCUUGAAUUUGAAGAGACGAAAGAGGAAGGCAAGGCUUUGUUGAGAAGCAUCGCUGAGAAGCGGCAAAAGGAAGAAACGGCCAACAUGCUGAUUGACAUGCCUGUCACUGAGGAAUCAACGCCUGCCGAGGGGCAAGCAGUGAGCAUCCACUCGGCAGUGCCCGUGAGGCUGCAGAUGUCGGGCUUGUCCAGCCUCGAGUCGCCGAACGUCAGCGUCCAAUCAAACGUGGCAACACCAGGCCCUGCAGACGUGACCAACAGAAGUGACAUGUCGUUGACUGACAGUGAUGAUACACCAAUGGUGCUAUCGCCGUGAAAAGGUUGGCCACCAUGUCGAUAGUGCUCUCCUUGGUUGAACUCUGGAUGAUGUCUUCAAUAAAUUGUGGUUUUUAUACGA